AUGGCGCUGCGGAGGGGCGGCGGGGCGCCGGGGCUGCUGCUGCUGCUGCUGGGCACCGCGUGCCUCACACCGCCGAGCGCGCAGGUGAGGCGGCUGGUGCGCUGCCCCGCCACUUGCAGCUGUACCAAGGAGUCCAUCAUCUGCGUGGGCUCCUCCUGGGUGCCCAGGAUCGUGCCGGGCGACAUCAGCUCCUUGAGCCUGGUAAAUGGAACCUUCUCAGAAAUCAAGGACCGGAUGUUUUCCCAUCUGCCUUCCCUACAGUUGCUAUUGCUGAAUUCUAACUCAUUCACAGUCAUCCGGGAUGAUGCUUUUGCUGGACUCUUUCAUCUUGAAUACCUGUUCAUUGAAGGGAACAAAAUAGAAACAAUUUCAAGAAAUGCCUUCCGUGGCCUCCGUGACCUGACUCACCUUUCUCUGGCCAACAACCACAUAAAAGCACUCCCAAGGGAUGUCUUCAGUGAUUUAGACUCUUUGAUUGAACUAGAUUUGAGGGGCAAUAAGUUUGAAUGUGACUGCAAAGCCAAGUGGUUGUAUCUGUGGUUGAAGAUGACGAAUUCCACUGUUUCUGAUGUCCUGUGUAUCGGUCCGCCAGAAUAUCAGGAAAAGAAGCUGAAUGACGUGACCAGCUUUGACUAUGAAUGCACAACUACAGAUUUUGUUGUUCAUCAGACUCUGCCCUACCAGUCCGUUUCAGUGGAUACGUUCAACUCCAAGAAUGAUGUGUAUGUGGCCAUCGCUCAGCCUAGCAUGGAGAACUGCAUGGUGCUGGAAUGGGACCACAUCGAAAUGAAUUUCCGGAGCUAUGACAACAUUACAGGUCAGUCCAUCGUGGGCUGCAAGGCCAUCCUCAUCGACGACCAGGUCUUUGUGGUGGUGGCCCAGCUCUUCGGCGGCUCUCACAUUUACAGAUACGACGAGAGCUGGACCAAGUUUGUCAAAUUCCAAGACAUAGAGGUCUCUCGCAUUUCCAAGCCCAACGACAUCGAGCUGUUUCAGAUCGAGGACGAGACGUUCUUCGUCAUCGCCGACAGCUCCAAAGCUGGUCUGUCCACCGUGUACAAAUGGAACAGCAAAGGAUUCUACUCGUACCAGUCCUUGCACGAGUGGUUCAGGGACACGGACGCUGAGUUUGUGGACAUAGACGGAAAGUCACACCUGAUCCUGUCCAGCCGCUCCCAGGUCCCCAUCAUCCUCCAGUGGAAUAAGAGUUCCAAGAAGUUUGUCCCCCACAGUGACAUCCCCAACAUGGAGGACGUGCUGGCUGUAAAGAGCUUCCGGAUGCAGAACGCCCUCUACCUCUCCCUCACCCGCUUCAUCGGGGACUCCAGGGUCAUGAGAUGGAAUAGCAAGCAGUUCGUGGAGAUCCAGGCUCUACCCUCCCGGGGGGCCAUGACCCUGCAGCCCUUUUCUUUUAAAGAGAAUCACUACCUGGCCCUGGGGAGCGACUACACGUUCUCCCAGAUAUACCAGUGGGAUAAAGAGAAGCAGUUCUUCAAAAAAUUUAAGGAGAUUUAUGUGCAGGCGCCUCGUUCCUUCACAGCCGUCUCCACUGACAGGAGAGAUUUCUUUUUCGCAUCCAGUUUCAAAGGGAAAACAAAGAUUUUUGAACACAUAGUUGUCGACUUAAGUUUGUGA